AUGGAGGCGUUUGCGGGAGCGCCUAUGGCCAUCGCCGUGGCCGUGGUCGCGGCGUCCGCCCUGCUGCUGCUGCUGCUGCGAGGGCCGGCCCGGAGGCCGAGCGGCCUCGUCACCCUGCAGGACCCGCUGGCCAAGUACCCGCUGCGGCUGCUGGACAAGGAGGAAAUCAGUCACGAUACAAAGAAAUUUAGAUUCGGGCUACCCUCAACAAAUCAUGUAUUAGGAUUACCUGUAGGCCAGCAUGUUUACCUUUCUGCAAAAAUUGAUGGGAGUCUGGUGAUUCGAGCCUAUACCCCCAUUUCCAGUGAUGAGACAAAAGGAUAUGUUGAUUUAAUUAUAAAGGUCUACCACAAAAAUGUGAACCCCAAGUUUCCAGAGGGUGGGAAGAUGUCCCAGUAUCUAGAUAACAUGAAGAUUGGAGAUACCAUUGAUUUCAGAGGGCCGAAUGGACUGCUGGUCUAUAAGGGGACAGGUACUUUUCUUAUCAAGCCUAAUAAGAAGUCUGAAGCAGAGAAGAAGUUUGCAAAGCACCUUGGGAUGAUAGCUGGAGGAACAGGAAUAACUCCUAUGUUGCAGCUGAUCCGUCAGAUCACAAAUGAUCCUAAGGACUCCACAAAAUGUUACCUCCUUUUUGCUAAUCAGACAGAAAAUGAUAUGUUGCUGAGACAUGAGCUAGAAGACAUUGCCAAGAGGCAUCCUGAGCAGUUUGUGCUGUGGUACACACUGGAUAGACCUCCAAAAGACUGGAAGUACAGCUCUGGGUUUGUCACUGCAGACAUGCUGAAAGCCCACCUGCCUCCCCCUGGUAGUGAGACCCUCAUUCUCAUGUGUGGGCCACCACCAAUGAUUCAGUUUGCCUGUCAGCCCAAUCUGGACAAGCUUGGCUAUCUCAAGAGCAGUACAUUUGCUUAUUGA